CUUUCAUUCCUACCACCUUUCAUAUUUUUGCUUUUGGAAUCUACGCAACACCCUGAUUUUUUUUUCUCUUCACGACGGGGUUUCUGGCAAGAAGCUGCAUUUGGCAUACAUCAAAAUGAUUUCCGCGCGUGCUUUUGUUGCGCCUUCGCGCCAAUGCUUGCGGGGCCUGCGAUUCGUGCCCACCCAAGCAUCCCCAUUUUCACAGGCUCGUGGAUAUGCUGCUGCCGCCAAAGGCAAAGUCGGCGCGUUCAAGGGACAGAAAGGCUCUGAUGGUAACUACACUGUGACACUGAUCGAGGGUGACGGCAUUGGCCCUGAGAUAUCUCAGUCCAUCAAGGAUAUCUUUUCAGCCGCAAAAGUCCCUAUCAAGUGGGAGCCCGUUGAUGUUACGCCAAUUCUGAAGGAUGGACGCACCACAAUCCCAGACGAGGCCAUUCAGAGCGUACAGAAGAACUACGUCGCUCUCAAGGGUCCUCUUGCUACUCCCGUUGGAAAGGGCCAUGUUUCAUUGAACCUUACCCUUCGACGUACUUUCAACCUUUUUGCCAACCUCCGACCUUGCCGCUCUGUCGCCGGUUACAAGACACCCUACGACAAUGUUGACACUGUCUUGAUCCGUGAGAACACCGAAGGUGAAUACUCUGGAAUUGAGCACGUCGUGGUGGAUGGUGUUGUCCAAAGUAUUAAGCUCAUUACACGCGAGGCUUCCGAGCGUGUUCUCCGCUUCGCCUUCCAACACGCCCAGGCUUCUGGCAAGAAGAAGGUCCGUGUUGUGCACAAGGCUACUAUCAUGAAGAUGUCCGACGGUCUUUUCCUCAACACUGCUCGCGAUGUUGCUAAGGAAUUCCCUGACAUUGAGUUCGAUGCCGAACUUCUCGACAACACUUGUUUGAAGAUGGUCACCGACCCUACACCAUACAACGACAAGGUCCUUGUCAUGCCCAACUUGUACGGUGACAUUCUCUCUGACAUGUGCGCUGGCCUUAUCGGUGGUCUUGGUCUCACUCCAUCUGGUAACAUCGGUGACGAGUGCUCUAUCUUCGAAGCGGUGCACGGAUCUGCUCCUGAUAUUGCUGGAAAGGGUCUUGCUAACCCCACUGCUCUCCUGCUGAGCAGUAUUAUGAUGCUGCAACACAUGGGUCUUAACGAGCAUGCUGCUCGCAUCCAGAAGGCCGCUUUUGAUACCCUGGCCGAGGGCAAGACUCUCACCGGUGAUCUGGGCGGAAGUGCUAAGACCCACGAAUAUGCUGGUGCCAUCAUCAAGCGCCUAUAAGUGUAAGUUAAAAAUUUACCUGACCGACCACCCUUUGUAUUAUUUAGCCAGAUAUCCGACUUCCUUUUCACGAAUCUUUCUUCGACUGCAUGUAUCAGAGCAGCCAUGAAACAUUAUUCCUCUACCUGUACUUAGAUGGCUGGUAUCACUGAUAUAGACCACAAUAAGUUUCGCAUUUGGUUUAGUUAACUGAUUGAAUUAUUUUGCCAUUGUCUUGCCGCCUUCAAACAUCUGGAGCUCACUCGACUACAUGAUACAAGUAAUACUAAAC